AUCAGGUGAAAGCUGCAGGGAAGACUCAAAUGAAAAAAGGUGUUUUCCUUGUUCUUCAUCAAAUGAGAAAACCUGUUUGUUUAUCCGUCUUAACGUCCUCUCCACUACUUUCAGCUCCCCCCCACCCCCAUUCAGCAGCGUCACAGAAUGACUUACGUAUGCACAAACACGCACACCAAUGACUGUCAGACGGUGAAUAUUAGCCGUCUGACCGGCAGUUAUUUGUAGUGGGUGUAUGAAGGUGAACGACGCAGAAGCCUGCCCUUUUAGUGAGUUUCCAACCAGGGAUGACAGGAUAACGUGUGAUCAGUGGCUGUUCAUUUUUCUGGGGAGGAUUCUAACUCGCUGUCUUCUUCAGCCUCACAUUUCCUUUUUAUUUUUUUUUUAUCUUUUCAUGUCACUCGCUUCCUCACCCACCCUCCUUGCUUCCAUUUCCCUCUCUCUAUCGUUCUCGCAGCGCUUGAUUCUAAUUUUGGAAGCAUGGAACCUCGGGGAGUGCUCUCCCAAAGCUAUUUAUGUCCUCGCUUCUCCUUAUCUUCCUCCUCUCCUCCUCUCCCUCUCAUCAGCCAGGAGGAGAACAGCAUGAGGAUCCUUUGAUGCAGGGGAAUUCAGCUUCUUCUUCUAUCUGUUUUUGUGUGGUGUUAUUAGCUGUGGGAAGUGGCGAAGAGGCAGCUGCAGCUCUCGGCUCGUCCGUCCUGAUGCAAGCUGACUGCACACAUGGAACCCAUCACCUCCAUCACUUCUCAGCUUGUGGAAUUUUUGGGAAGUUUUACAAAGGUUUUGCAAAGUGAUUUGGGGUUUCGCUGAUUUCUUCACAGUUGAUCUUUGUCGCUUUGUUCAACUUGGAGUGGAUGUACCAGAAGAGGCAAACUUUCUGAUCUGCAAGAGUGGCCGCUACAUCCUUCAACAUACCAGCCAUUAUCACACGCUCGGCAAAGUGCUUUGCAUGGAUCUGGAUUCCAGAUGAUAUAGAUGAGACCAGCCAACCUUGAUCCAUUCUAAGGAGUCUGUUAACAUCAGUGUCUCGUCGCUGUACAUCUUCCAGUACAUCCUUUUUUAUUGUGAUUGAUCGGUCCAGCCUAGCGGAGGGAAGACUUUCGGGAGACUGUAUCAGAGAAGAGGAUCUUGUGAGCCACGAUAAAACAGUAACAGAAAACCUGUCAAGAAUUUCCCCUCCAUAAACCCGGAAUAAAACAUACAUUUUUUGACGGAUCUUGACGGAUACGGAUUCUCCCCAUUGAAAUAUAUCUAUAUUUUUUUAAGAAAAGAAGCUUUCACCAACUUUAAAUGAUUCUAAGUGAUUACUAAUAGCCUCACAAGAUGAGUAAUCCACGGUUCUUGAAUACAUGGCAGUAUUCUUGAAAAGGAACUGACUGUUUUGUGACAGAAUAGACCACUUCUCUCGUCUUGGCAUGCUGUUGCAUCCCACGGUGUCAGGAUUGUGCACCAUGUUGCAGACCAUUUAUGAGACUGAGUCCUGUUUUUCCUCUGCCAGCACAGACAGCCAACAGCCUCUGGAGCUCCUGAGUAGCAGCAGGGGCUCUACCACUGCCAUGCCCACAGCCGUACUGGAGGUGAAGAGCAGCCUCCCAUCUGGCAUGCAGAGCCCAGUAGGAACAGCAAAUGAACAGCGGGGAGGAAGUGGAGAAGGAGUGGACACAACCUUAAGAGAGCAGCAGCUCCAGCAUGAACUAGUGCUCCUUAAACAGCAGCAAGAACUCCAGAAACAACUAUUAUUUGCCGAAUUCCAGAAAAAACAUGAAGUACUAACCAGGCAACAUGAAGUCCAGCUCCAGGAGCACCUGAAGCAACAACAGGAGCUGUUGGCAGCCAAGCGACAGCAAGAGCUGGAACAGAAGCGGAAACUGGAACAACAAAGGCAUGAAGAGCAAGAGAAACAACGACUGGAGCAACAGCUGCUUCUACUGCGGAAUAAAGAGAAAGGCAAAGAGAGUGCCAUUGCCAGUACAGAGGUGAAGCUGAAACUGCAGGAAUUCCUUCUCAGUAAGAAAGAACCUGGUAUUGGUGGACUGAACCAUUCCUUCUCCCCAAAGUGCUGGGGAGGCCAGAACGCUUCCCUGGAGCAAAAUUCCCCACCCCAGAGUAAUACUCCAGGAACUCCUCCCUCUUAUAGACUUCCCACUUUACUGGGAAACUACGAAGGCAAAGAUGACUUUCCGCUCCGCAAGACAGUGUCAGAACCUAACCUGAAGGUGCGUUCACGGUUGAAGCAGAAAGUAGCGGAGAGGCGGAGCUCUCCGCUCCUCCGAAGGAAAGAUGGCACUGUCAUUAGCACUUUCAAGAAAAGGGCCAUAGAGAUUUCAGUCUCCCCUCUCUGUAAUAGUGCACCAGGCUCAGGUCCCAGCAGUCCUAACAGCUCUAAUACGGCUAUUGCUAAUGGAAACACUGGAUCUGUUCCCAACAUACAAACUGAGCUUCGAUCUCUUCAUCAGACACUGGGGGCUGACGGGACGUUGAGUCCGCUAAGUCUCUACACCUCGCCAUCUCUGCCCAAUAUCUCGUUGGGCCUCCCUGCAAGCACACACAUCACAGCCUCCCAGAAGUUGUCAAGCCAACAAGAGGCAGAGCGUCAAGCCAUCCAAUCGCUACGAGCAGGCGGAGCUCUGACUGGGAAGUUUCUCUCUACAUCCUCUUUACCUGCCGGGGUCGGACAUGAUGUAGAGACAUCAAGCUCUCAUUCUGCUCAUUCCUCGUUAUUGCAACAUGUGCUACUACUGGAGCAGGCCAGACAACAGACCGCUAUGCUAUCUGGCCCCAUGUACAGCCAGUCGCCCCUGGUUACAGCAGAGAGGGGCGUGUCUAGCGGCAUGCGAUCAGUCAACAAGCUGCCUCGUCAUCGGCCACUGGCUCGUACGCAGAGUGCACCUUUGCCCCAGUCCCCCCAGGCUCUCCAGCAACUGGUGGUUCAGCAGCAACAUCAGCAUUUUCUGGAGAAACAUUACAAGAUGCUUUCAAAGGGGUCAGAUCUUCCCAGGCCUCCUCCCACGCAUCCAGAGGAGACAGAGGAAGAGCUAACAGAGACCAAUGACAUGCAGGAGGACGAUGUAGGGACAAGCAUUCACAGACUUCAGAAGGAGAGUUCUGACGACAGCACAACUCCCUCGGAGCGACAGAGUGUGCAUUCAAAGGGCGAGGAGGAGCGAGGAGUUGUGCACGUGAAGGGAGAGAGUACAGAGAGUGAACUGGAUGAAGAGGAUGAGGAAGACGACGUCAUCCAGCUGGGGGAAGGUGAUGAAGACAGCAAGGGGAGCUAUUCUCAGGCCUUGCAGCAGAUGGGCGUAUUUCCUUCCUCGUUAGCCCACAGACCUCUGGGAAGAGCACAGUCUUCUCCUGCAGCAACUGUCAAUCCUGUCAAACAUCUCUUCACCACAGGACUUGUUUAUGACAGUCUGAUGUUAAAGCAUCAGUGUGUAUGUGGCAAUGCUCACAUCCACCCAGAGCAUGCCGGGAGAGUGCAGAGCAUCUGGUCAAGGCUGCAGGAGACGGGCUUGCUGGGUCGCUGUGAGAGAAUUCGUGGGCGUAAAGCAUCCUUGGACGAGAUCCAGACUGUCCAUUCAGAGUUCCACACUCUGCUCUACGGAACCAGUCCACUGAAUAGACACAAACUGGACCACAAGAAGCUACUGGGUCCAAUCAGCCAAAAGAUGUACGCUGUUCUUCCCUGUGGAGGAAUAGGAGUGGAUAGUGACACUGUAUGGAAUGAGAUGCACUCGUCUGCAGCUGUCCGCAUGGCAGUGGGCUCUGUUAUUGAGCUGGCCUUCAGAGUGGCAGCAGGGGAACUGAAGAAUGGCUUUGCAGUCGUGCGUCCGCCAGGGCAUCAUGCAGAGGAAUCCAAUGCCAUGGGUUUUUGCUUCUUCAAUUCAGUUGCCAUCACUGCCAAGCUGCUCCAACAGAAACUGGGAGUGGGCAAGAUACUUAUUGUGGACUGGGACAUUCACCAUGGCAACGGCACACAGCAGGCCUUCUACGGUGACCCUAAUGUCCUCUACAUCUCCCUCCAUCGCUACGAUGAUGGCAACUUUUUUCCAGGCAGCGGAGCACCUGAAGAGGUGGGCUCAGGUGCAGGUGUGGGUUUUAAUGUGAACAUUGCAUGGACAGGAGGAGUAGAGCCCCCCAUGGGCGACGUGGAGUACCUCACAGCCUUCAGGAGUGUGGUGAUGCCGAUUGCCCAGCAGUACAGCCCAGAUGUGAUUAUGGUGUCUGCAGGCUUUGAUGCUGUGGAAGGUCAUCAGUCUCCUCUAGGAGGUUACAAUGUCUCUGCCAAAUGUUUUGGCCAGUUAACCCAGCUCUUGAUGGGUCUGGCUGAUGGGCGUAUUGUUAUGGCGCUGGAGGGGGGUCAUGACCUCACUGCCAUCUGUGAUGCAUCAGAAGCCUGCGUCUCUGCUCUCCUUGGAGACCCGAGUGGAUCAGCAUUCCAGUGGCCUCAAGAGAAGCCGUGUCCUAAAGCCUGUGCCUCGCUGGAAAGAGUGAUAGAGAUCCAGAGCAAACACUGGUCUUGCCUCCAGACUUUGUCUCAGACGAGCAGCCAGCCGCUAUUGGACAACCCCCUGGGAGCUCACGGCCAAUCGGAGGAGGACGAGGCAGACACAGUGAGCGCCAUGGCCUCCUUGAGUGUCGAUGUCGAGCAGUCAGGCUCGGCUGCCAACAUCACUGAUGGCAGCAGGUCAACAGAGGAGCCAAUGGAGGAGGAGCCUGUUUUGUAGAAGGGGCUUAAAAAGGAAAGCACACAUGAAGACCACCUCACCCUCCUCCGGGCACCUUCUCUACCUUUCGGCAUCCCUUAUGGAUUGUGUAUAGGUACACACACAUUCACACAGAGAGAGUGGAAAUGUUGUGGAGGACCUCGAAUGGCUGAGGAAACAAUAGGGAGGAAGCUCUGACAGUAUCAGAUGAUUCCAUUGGAGGAGCAGACAAAUUGUUAGCAUUUCCAUGGCAACCAGAGGAGGAGGAAGUCAGCAAGGACACGCCCUUUGUGUAACUGACUGUAACGCUCCUUCCUGUCUUGCAACCUGCACACAGCACCACUGAGUCUCCCUCCUUUGUCAAAUUUGUGGGCGACAAAGAGCGAACCGAAGUGUCAGACGCCAAGCGCAAUGCUCGGCUUUUCCGCAAAGAGGCGGUCGCAGUGAGCUCGGCUGAUGGAGCAGGAAGAAUGAGGAAGGAACUAGGUGCCUUUUUUUGUCCACACACGGGGGGGGGGAAGAAAGCAUCCAACCGGAAACACGAAAAAAAACAAACACAAACACCGCAACACCUCAGCACACAAACCAGCCGUUUAGGACUGAAGAAACACACACACACACACACACACACACACAUCCAGCUGUAGUUACACUUGGUCACUUCAUUUUCUUUUUCUUGUUUUUCAUCUGGAUGCCUUAAUUUGUUAACCUUAUAUAUUUUGGAGAGGGAGAGAGAGGGGUUGUGGCAGUUUGGAACACAUUUAGAGAUUCCUAUCAUUACAGUGGAACCCGUUUAAGUCAACCCUGACCAACUCAUCAAGUCCUGGUCCACCGUGUUCUUGUUUUUGCGAAAAAGUGCCCGCUUUAAACCGACGUUGACAUAAACGGUUGGCUGCUUUUCUCAAGCUUAAAAAAUAGCAAUUUAACGAUUCCCUCUGAAAAACAAAGGCGUACAUUUUUUGAACAUUUGAAUUCAUUUUUCAGCCUGUUGACAGACGGCGCGCUGGACAUGUUCAAAACUUCCGACCGCCAGCAAAAUCUUACCGCUUUUUAGACUUUUGUGGCUGGUGGCCAGGCAGACAGCUCGUCCCUCUCCAGCCACUGAACUCACCAUAGGCAAAAAUGACAUUUUGACAACAAUAGGAUAAAAAUAAAUGUUUUCACAGACAUGACGUGUCACGUACAGUCAUCCCUCGGUUAUCGCGGUUAUUUGGUUCCAGACCCGAUUGUGACAAGUUGGAUUCAUCGUUUAUAAAUAGAAUAUUUUUGUAGUUCGAGUAUAGACAAACUUUCUAAAUACGGUUUUAUUACCCAAUAACAGAAAAUAAGACAUAAUUUAGACUCACACAUUAGCAUUGGAAGAGUUCCUUGUUGUUCUACUGUAUAGUGUUUCCUGCGGUGGCUGUUCAAUGUUCAAUGCUCAUCAAUGUAAAUAGUGUAGAAUACUACAUAUCAGAACGUGUCUUUCAAUUUUUGAAUGUCUUAUAUUUGUAUUUUAGUUUCUUUAGCCAUUUUUACACUUAAAAAUGCUUUAGGCCAAAAACACAUCAAAUGUGCUUAAACAUGCCCGCUCGUUGUCAUCACGCUCCCUCUCCUGCAGGGCAGUACGCCGCUUAUAGGGGCCUCGAAGUCUAGUAGUACUCUAAACUAACAGUACUCCAAGUUAAUAGUGAUCCAAAUAUAAUUUUUAAAACAAGUCAUGUGGUCCGUCCAGUUGGCUUUUUACAAGAUGCAAACUGGAUAUUGAUACAGUCAUGGAAAAAAUGAUUAUAAAUAUACCUUGAGUUGUAUCGGGUAUUAAAAUGUAUCAAUAAACUAAAGAAACAAGGGUGGUCAAAUAUUUUUUCCAUGACUGUAGAUGUUUUUCAUAGUUUUUUCUUCAUUAUCCACUUCUCACUUAAAUGUUUCAGAUCAUCAAACAAAUGUAAAUAUUAUUAAUAUGUAAUAUAUUUAAAUGAAACAUUUUAUUAGGGAGAAAUAUAUGGCAGGAAAAAAAAUCCAAACCUACAUGGUCCUGUGUGAAAAGUGAUUGCCCCCUAAACCUAAAAAGUGGUUGGGCCACCCUUAGCAGCAACAACUGCAAUCAAGCGUUUGUGAUAACUUGCAAUGAGUCUCUUACAGCGCUGUGGAGGAAUUUUGGCCCACUCAUCUUUGCAGAAUUGUUGUAAUUCAGUCACAUUGGAGGGUUUUCCAGCAUGAAGCACCUUUUUAAGGUCAUGCCACAGCAUCUCAAUAGGAUUUAGGUCAGGACUUGGACUAGGCCACUCCAAAGUCUUGUAGCUAGGUGGACUUGCUGGUGUGUUUUGGAUCAUUGUCCUGCUGCAGAACCCAAGUUCGUUUCAGCUUGAGGUCACGAACAAAUGGCCGGACAUUCUCCUUGAGGAAUUUUUGGACAGCAGAAUUUGAUGAUCUGAAACAUUUAAGUGUGACAAACAUGCACAAAGAUAAGAAAUCAGGAAGGGGGCAAACACAUCUUCACACUACUGUAAAUUUAAAGCCAUAGCUUUGUGUUAUUCAUUAGCAGUAUCGAGAUUUCAGCUUUUUUCAGCCUUUUUGCUCUAUUUUUCCAAUAAUAAACAAGUCAAGGCUGCACUUUGGACACCCCUGAUUUAGACGGAGCAGACGGACUUGUUAUACGGCAGUGUGGGACAGAGUCUUUGCCUUCAAGGCUUCGGCAUACGACCAAACAUCCUUUCUUCUUUUGCGGUAAACUUCUUUCAUCCCAACUUUACACAACUAGCUACCAAAAUUUCCGAUGUUUAAGCCGCACCCACUAACUUUAGAGAGAAAAACAGAUUUGUGCAUGUUUAAGCCGCACAUGUCCACGUCAUAAAAAGACAUAUUGUGGUGCGCACAAGACCGUGUGGACCAGACAGGUCUUUAUUUGAGAGGAGCCAAUCGUGAGUGAUGAGAAACACAACGAGCUUAUCAACCCAUCAGAAAUGGCAGGAGGUCAUUACUCAAUAUUAACAAUCUGACUCGUGGAGUCAUCUUAGAUCAUCACACAGCAACUUAACACUCAAAAGGUAUACAUACGAAAAGCAGCCAUGGCUGCCGGGCCACCGGAGGGCGCUCUUGAGCUCAGCUAGGGCUUAUAGCUUGCGAUUGGUUCCUGCCAAAGAAAGCGCUGACUUGCGAGUGGCACGGUAUUUAAACGAUUAGUAGUAGUUCUGAACUAAAGGAGAUGUCACAAGAUUAAACAGCCAUGAAUUAGCCGCACCGCUGUGUAAGCCGCAGGGUUCAAAGGUUAAGAAAAAAGUAGCGGCUUGUAGACCGGAAAUUACGCUAAAUACAUUUUGCACAAAUGGAGGAAAGCGGGGUCAACAGACUGCCGUUUCGUGUCGUCCAUUCUCCCUGGCGAGUAACAUAAUGGCUAAUUUCGGUCAUGUCAGCCAAUCGGAGGGACGUCAGCGGGUUGCACUGUAUCAUAAAAUAGAUGAUCUACAUGAUGUUAUUUUAAAAAUGGUAGAAUUCCAUCAGACAUUUGAAUGUUAAAGCAAGAUGAAUAACAAACAGGCCAGCUUGCAACACAAUUAGCAAAUAUGUACAAACCACCACCUCUCUCUUUCUUGCCUCCCCUUUAGAAAGGCGGUCUGUUUUUAAAAACACUACCACCACAUCCCUCCUCCUUUUUGUUUGUUUUUUUAAAAAAAAAAAGUUCUUUCUAAAUUGUACUAUUUUAUGUUUGGUGUAAGAGCGGUGUCCUGUCAUGUUGCAUCGCCGUGUCCGUCCUUUUUCUAAACCUGUAAAUACUUCUAUGUACAAACACAAAGAGACUUUCUAGACCUGCUAUUUUGUCAACUCUUUUCCAGGGGGUUGGACAAAAUGUAAAGACAACGUUUGUGUAGUUGAUUUCAUAAGAGCACCACGAGUUUCAGCCUUCAGGCUUGAGCCGUAAAGUCACCGCUGAUCCUCACCGAGGAAGAUGGAUGGAUGGAUGGAUGGAUGGAUGUUGUAUUAUAAUAUGUUAGGUUCAUUGAGGUGUGCCUCAUGAACUGAACAUAUGUGAAGACAGGUGACAGGUAACAGGAGAUAUAGCAAUGAAUGCAACAAUGCUUUGUUUUAGACAAAUUCCGAACAUUGAGCUUUAUUUAUGGCGCAGUAGGAGCAGUUUUGGCAGCUUUGCAGUGUUUUUUCCUUUCAGUAUGUCACCUGUCUCCACAUAUAUCUACAUGUACAUUUAGAUAAAACCGGGUUUUAUCCUGCCAGAGUGGUUCUAUGGAUAUAUUCUAUGAUUCUAGGUUGAAACGAGGCUCGGUGACAGUGUAGUGUGGUCACACAUGCUGAAGAUGUUAUUGUUGAUGGAGGUGGACAGCAGGUUCUGGCUCCUCUGGUCCAGGUGGGCUGUGCUGCCCUUUGCCUGGACGACACAUGUGGAGAUAAUACAGUCAUGACUGCAAGAUGAUGUACAGUAUAUUUGCUCCUUCGUUGCAAUGAACCCGUAUAAAUUCGGAUUUGUGGAUGCAUCAUGAUGCAUAUGAGCAAGGCCACGCAGCUGCUCUCCCUUUAAACUCAAUGCAAACUAUUUAUAAUCAACGUUAAGUAGUUGGGUUUGACCUUUUCACGGGUCUUUGUUGUUAUUUGUUUGUGCCACGUUGCCCACAUUUAAGUUGAACAAGAGGGUUGUGCAUGUACGAGUUGGAAUAUCACGCAAAAAAAAAGGACUAUUUUAUUCUGCAGUGGUCAGUCAAACCAACAGGGUGUGAAGUGGUGAGGAUUCACCUCACUGUUUUAAAACAUAACAAACUACCUACAGGAAACACACAUCCAGUCAUAAGUUUACAAACACUCAUCGUCGGAAUGAAUGUCAUAUCGAUUUUGGGCAAAAACCCGUGACAAAAAUGUCGCUGCCCAUGUUGACGAUUGCCUCCCAUUUUGUAUCAUUGUAAUUAUUCAUUAUUAUGACAUCCAUCUCCAAGACCCUCCCAUUGUCCCUUCAAUUGCCAUUGUUCACCCAGGACAAAAUCCAGGUUGAACCCCAAAAUAUGCCUCACACACUUACGAAACGCAUCGAAGGUAUAAAAUGUAAAGGUACUCUCUACUCAUGAAUGAGAACGUACGAUGAUCCGUGAACAGAUGGAAGUCACAGCACGCAACGAUGGUGCGUUCAAGGAACAUCUCGGCGCUUGAUGAAAAAACAUGAUCAGAAACGGUACAAAUGAUGGGCCGUCGUUUGUACGUUUGACCCGUAUCAUCACGUAUGUGUACAUCAUUACCCGCUUAUGUUAAAUGAGAUGUCUUCUGUGGAAAAAAACGGAGGAAAAUCGGAGAAAAUUGUUUUAAUAAUGUAUAUAAUGGAUCAAAAAUCCGCAAAUUUGCAGGGCGAUGAAUGCUGAAUCGCGAAUGUGCGGGGAGCCACUGUGUUUAAACCGCUCUUUUUUACAGGACGGAAUGAUUAAGCAAUGUACAUCUUCAGUGAUGUUUGUAAAACAAGAAUUAGGUGCACAGGAAUCAGUGUCAGUAUUGUUUCCAGAGAAUAUAUUUGGUUGCUUUCGCUUUUAAACAUAGUCCGCAAACAUUCAAUAGGGUUAAACAUCAGGAAGACCAUUCAAGAAGCUUUAUCCACUGCCAAACCACUUUUGAAGCGAGUUUGGGAUCCCGGAGUCCUGUUGGAGUCCUGUUGUGUCAAAUUUUCAGCCAUCUAGGGUGUCCGUGCCCUGCGUAAACUACAAGAAAUCCCAAAUAAAUUCUAAAUACUUGACCCAAGUCUUGUUUUUAAAAAUGAUUGAAGAUGCACGGCCGUGUGAUCGUUCCAUGCUGUAAAAAGAAUGGGACCAAUAAAUCAUGAAUGACGAAAAUAAUACGGCUGAAUGGCUCGAUGAGUGGAUGCCAACUUCUGACUGGAACUAGCAUGCUCAGUGCAGGACAACUGGACCGCUCAGAUCCACAACCGGUGAAGCUAAUCUAAACCUGCUGGCUACACUUCUCAACCUCAGUGUAACUCCGGAAUUCCCCAUCAACCUUUGCAGCGUAGGCGGUGACAAAGCUGUAGCUGGUGCCGUUACCUCUGCUUCUCAUCUGUUCUCCGCAAUAUGACACUGACAGGACAGCAGUGAAGACUACUAUUGAGCGUUGCCAUGGUAACACCGCAAGCACACCAUCAACCGCUGUCCUUUUUCAUGCAUCGGAGUCGCUGCCCUACGUCAUGAUCGUUUCCAGGGGUUUUAAUGUAGUCUGAGCACUUCUGUGAGUGCAAAGGCUGCUUUAUAAAAGUAAGUCUGUGGCCAGUGAUGAAGCCACACUGCAUUGCUGACGACACAUGAAAACAACAAUAAGCGCUGUGGUGGGACCACACACAAAGCGUAAUUGACAUAAUAUUUAUAUAUUAACAUGUUUUUUUUGUUGUUUUUUUGUUUUAUUGUGGUAGGCAGCAACAGCGACGAUUACGAUCCACUCAUGCAGGGUUGUCUAAAGUGCGGCCCGGGGCCAUUUGCAGCAUGCAGCUCUUUUUUGUGUGUUUUGUUUGUUUUUUUAAAUGGCCCACAAUACAGCUACCAAAAAAAACACACACCUAAAAUAACAUAAUUUAAGGAGAAAAAGUUAAAAUGUUGAACCUAAGAACACAAAACGGACGUGUAAGGUGUUUUUUUCCCUUGAGGUAUACAUAAACUUAGCUUCUUGUGCUGGUUUUAGCCUUUACACGAUGGAAAAUAUGGAACUACUGUAUAAUGUAUCCCCGCUUGUGUCACUUGGGCACCCUCUGGCGGCCAUUAGUAUAAUUGCAUCUACUGCUCAACAUGGUACAUGAAACUUUUCAAAACCUUCGAGUUAUUUCUAAAAUAAAAACAAAUUAAAUUAAAACAAAUUAUUACUUGUUCAAGUAUUUCAUACUGAUAUUUUUUAAUAAAAUAAAUACUUUCAUAAACGAGUUAUUAUUUAAUGCACAUAAACAAGGCUUCACAAUUCCCAGUUCCACCGCCUAAUUAAAAAAAAACAACAAGCUGUGGGCCACACUUUGGACACCCCUGCAGUAGAAGUACUGGUUGUUACUGUGUCAUGAUUGCGUGUCUCGCAUACAAUCUCUUGGGACCACUUUCCCUGACAAAUCAACAUUUUAGAGCAAACAAGUUGCUUUUUAGUGAAAUAAACAUUUUAGACUGCUGGUGGUUGCUGCCCGAGGAACACAAAUCAGUUUGUCAUCCGUCAACGAGAUCAUACAACACUUAAAAGUCAUGUUGUGUUGCUUUGUGUCAACAUGACAAGACAAAGCAAGUCUUACACGCUCGGUAGUAAACCACUGAUUAUGUUAGUGUUUGGAGGCUCCCAGUAGGGUUGGGCGAUACUGCAAAUGUUGGUAUCGUUCCGAUGCCAAGUAAAUACAGGGCCAGUACUGCACUAUUUACUGGAAAUGUUACAAGAUCUUUGAUCAUUCAGCAAAAUAAAGUCAAUGCAGUGGAUCCCUGCCCGUGGAUAAUGGAUGCACCCAUAAAAAGCAUGUCAUUUUACGCUAACCAUAAACCCUAUAAUAUGUCUCUCGCACGUAUUAAGCGCUUUUUAAAUUCAUAAAGAACGUCUACUUCCAAAACAUCACAUCUAGUCAAAGCAUCCUCCUGCUGGAAAAUGUUGAUGGAAUUAACUUGAGACAGCGCCCUCUCCUGGAUCCAUAAUUGCCAUCAAACCACUUUCUCUUGUAAGUUAGCAUAAAAACUGGAUUAUUUAGACAGAAACCUGCAUACAUUCAAGGAUCUACGGCCGUGCGUUUAUACAAAUCUCUUGGCUCUUUUGCCCCCAAAACCUUCCUGUGUGGAUGAACGUAUUCCCUGAGCUUAUAAACAAUAUCUAAAUACAAUAUGAACAACAAAACACAGAUAUUUGUAAAAGUAAACAUAGAAGACAUUCAAGAGAAGUGCAUCAGCGCGAUAGUGAUACAACCCUUUGUGUCGAUACUAUCGAUAUUCAGGUCGAUCCGCCCACCCCUACUCUGCAGUCCAUACUUAUUAUGCUCAUGACUUGCGUAUUUGUUGCUAUGUUUGAUACUGUGGUGUACAGUAGUAUCCUGCUAAUAUGUGGGAGUAUGUGUUUGGCCAUUUCAAGGGAAGGUUGCAUAUGAGUGGGACCUUCUUUUUCAGGAGGGACGUUCCCUCCUUUUUGGCUUUGUUUUGUUCAAAAACUCACAAGCACAUUCCUUCUGUCCUUGUUGAUUCAAAAAAUAAUAAUAAUCAAACGUUCCUCUUAGAGUGUCUAUACAUACUGUGUGCUGACUCACGUGUAUAUAAAGUGCAAAUACGUGUACACAUGUGCAAUACACGCUAUUCAAGCAAUCUAUAACUGUGACGAUUACUGAUGAUGAUAUUUGUUCUCAGCCCCGUUCUUCUCCUCGUCUCAUUUCCUUUGAAAGGGAUGCUGACUUUAGUGAUCAUUCACACCUUCAGUUCAGGGCUUUGUGGACUUUUUUUUUUUUUUAAUUCCCUCACUCUUAAUGUUGUGAUGUUGCUCCUGAAUAAUGUUUCUUUGUUGUUUUUUUUAAGUGGGCCUGUUGUUAAAUUUGUCUGGAAACUCAAUAAAGCAAUUCACUGACUGCUUGUUGCAU